AUGAUCAGACGGGGACUAAGAGUUGGUUGUCGGUGGAGUUCGAAUUUUCAUGGAUACUUGGCACCGAACGAUGAUGUGCCAAUUAUCAAACGUUCUCAGGAUGUCGACACAGAUGGACAAAGCGUUGUAGAGGAGACAAGGGAGUCAAGAUUCGAUCUGGCUACCCUCGAGGGCAAAUCGCCCUCUCCCGGCAUGCUCUAUUUGCCCGAUGAUCUUGCAGACACCGUGCAAACGUUCACAAAACAUUGGGAUCCUCAAUAUUUAAGGCAAAAAGUUUCUGCAUUGUAUAAAGGGCUGGCAAACGGCCAGGCCCAUACGUUUGCCCAGGAGAGUAUUGACGUCGAGACGAAUAUUCUGGGCACGUUUUUACAAAGCUACGCAUCUAUAUCGAAUGCUCUGUUGGAAGUUCAAAAAAGACUAAAGGAUUUCAAUCCAAAACGGAUACUGGAUGUUGGAUACGGUCCGGGCACGGGAGUUCUCGCUGCAUCAGCUAUAUUUCCUAGUUUGGAGCGCAAAGUCGCAGUCAUUUUCGGGCAUCCUAGGAUGGAGCGACGUGCAAAACAGCUUUUGCGUGUGUUGGAAGAGGAUUUACUCGAAGAGCAGCACACUAAUAUCAAGGACGAGAUGCCAGGAGCAAAUUCGGUUCUCGACUAUGAUUUGAUUAUUUCUACGCAUCAAUUGUACCACUCGGGGCCCGACGGCAAAGACAUUGUUGACAGCCAUGCCCAACGGCUGAUCAAUUUACUUUCUCCAGGCGGUGUUUUAUUAUUUGUCGAGCGAGGCGAUCCGCUAGGAUUCGAGUCCAUUGCUCGAGCCCGCCAGGUUCUUAUUCGGCCGGAGAACCAGAGCCAGCAGCCGUCAAAAUGGGCACUUCGGAAAACACCUGCCCCCGAAAGUGCCAUUUUUGGAGUCCGGGUUGUCGCACCAUGUGUUCACCAUAAACAGUGUCCUCUUCAGGUUGGCCUGGAGAACCGACAGGCUAUGAAAAACCCGGCCAGUGCAAACUGGUGUCGAUUCAACCAAAAUGUACAUAGACCCCGAUUCACUAUGGAGUUGAAGAAAGGUCAAUAUCUAUCCCAACCAUGGGAUCCCUCAGUUGACGAGGAAUAUGGUCGAGGCAGAGGUGGCAAGGCACUUGCUGGCAAGGGCAGGCCCUUUGGUUCGGCAAAUGAGUCGGCCACAUUCAGUUAUCUGGCCAUUGAGCGGGCCACCAAAGUCUGCGAAGAUGAACCCGCACCUGAAGCGCCGGGUCCUCGAAUCUUAAAGCACCCAUUGAAACGGCACAAACACGUUCUUAUGGAGGUCUGUGCGCCGUCGGGGAAUAUUGAACACUGGACGGUGGCCAGAUCACAAGGCAAGCAAGCAUAUCACGACGCCCGCAAAGCUAAUGGCGGCGACAUUUGGAUGCUUGGGGCCAAGUCUGUGCAACAACGAGGGGGCCUGAAAAAGAGCGGCAAGUCGGACCUUGAGCUUGAAGAAAACGGCACAAAGCCAGUGGAUGUGUGGAAUGUCAAAAAGGAAAGCAUUGAGGAAGUCGAUGAGCCGUCGCUCGUGGACGCUCUUUCUCAAUUCGAUCCAGAGACGGAACUUGCUUCAGGAGAUAUCCAGACUGGCCGUGCCGACAAGGUGAUGAGCAAGCGCAAACAAAAGCGGUUCAGCAAAAAAUGGAAUCGCGCUUAA